UCCCUGUCGUCGUCACGGAAACAUCGAACGAAGAGAUGUGGCGCGCCAUUGACGCCCAUCUGAGGUCCGUACGCCUCCUUCCGAAUCUCUUUGCUUAUUCUUCGUCAUCGCCUCUGUUCUUCUCUGGCCGUUCGAUUUUAGCUCGAUCGAGUUCGACCUUCCUCUCGCCUGUACCGAAGCCUCACUCGAUUACCCUCUCCAAAACCCUAGUGUUUUGUACUACCAUUAACUGUUUAUCGAGUGUUUCUUGUUCUGGCAUUGGAAUUCGACGCUUCGGUGGGUCGAGUUGCGGUGUGGUGGUGUUGGCAAGGUGCAUUACCUCUUCGGUGCACACGUUGGAGUGGAAUGAACCAGUUUCGUGUUCGGAGGUUGGAGAGGGGAUUGGCGAGGGUGAAGCAGAUGAAGUCGAGGAGGAUUCUAGACCGUCUAUUCCUGUCAGAGCGUACUUUAUCUCCACUAGUGUGGAUUUGAGAAGCUUGGUGGAUCAAAAUAAACGUAACUUUAUCCCGCCAUCAUCACGUAUGACGAAUUAUGUAGUCCUUAAGUUCGGGGAUCUUUGUAAUGUGAACACUCUUGGCGCCAGCGUAAGCGGAAGUGACUUUUCUUAUAUGGUAGUUUUUCAGUAUGGCUCCAUUGUGCUGUUUAACAUACGUGAAGAUGAGGUUGAUGGGUAUUUGAAAAUUGUAGAGAAACAUGCAUCCGGAUUGCUGCCUGAAAUGAGAAAGGAUGAGUAUGAGGUGAGAGAGAAGGCUGCCUUAAAUACAUGGAUGGAAGGGGGACUGGACUACAUAAUGCUGCAGUACUUGAAUAUUGAUGGCAUACGUACCAUAGGUAGUGUUCUUGGUCAGAGCAUUGCUCUUGAUUACUAUGGGCGACAGGUUGAUGGGAUGGUUGCUGAAUUCACUGACAUCAACCGUGAAAUGGAAGCAACUGGGAAGUUCAAAAUGAAGAGGAAGAAACUUUUCCAGUUGGUGGGAAAGGCAAAUUCAAAUCUUGCUGAUGUCAUUCUCAAGCUUGGGCUUUUUGAGAGAUCAGACAUUGCGUGGAAGGAUGCAAAAUAUGCUCAAAUAUGGGAAUAUCUUAGGGAUGAGUUUGAGUUAACACAGAGAUUCGCUAGUCUGGAUUUCAAAUUGAAGUUUGUGGAGCAUAAUAUUCGCUUCCUACAGGAGAUUCUGCAAAACAGGAAAUCAGAUUUUUUGGAAUGGCUGAUCAUUGCACUGAUAGGUGCAGAAAUUUUACUCUCAAUUUAUGACAUUAUUCAUAGAUCAGCAGCUAAUCUGUAGCACUGUUUGCUUCCUCAUCGUUGGAGUUGGAACGAGGUUCGUACUUAUAUCGUGACUGCGAUUUGUACAAUGUACAUAGGUAUGUAAAUUUGGAUCAUUCUGCUAUACGACUCCGAUAAUUUUAACGAAUUUUUGUUAUUGGAUUGCACUCUAAGGGUGCAGAGUGCUUAUAGUUAAGAGUUCUACCAUUCUUUGAAGAAAUGGAUCUCAGUUUUUUCUGUUUA